UACUCUCUCUCUCCUCUCUCUCUCUCUCAGAUGGAGCCGUGGCUCGACGACUUAGCGGACGAUCUGCAGAGCCUGAGCUUCACCUCCACCGCCACCACCGCCACCACCGCCGAUGUCCACCGGAGCACGAGCUGCAGCUCCGAGGCCACCCUCACGGUGGCCUCGUCCUCCGCCCACGGCUCAUUCUCCUCCUGCACCGCCGCCAGGCCCGGCCACCACCGCCCCCGCCCCCACCUCGCGCUCUCCGACCUCCGAUUCCUCCACCGGCUCGGCUCCGGCGACAUCGGCUCCGUCUACCUGGCCGAGCUCAAGUGCGCCGCCGCACCGGCCGCCUCCGCCGCGGCGGGCGGCGGCGGCGGCGACUGCCCGCUGUUCGCCGCCAAGGUGAUGGACAGGCGGGAGCUCGCGAGCCGGAGCAAGGAAGGGAGAGCGCGGACGGAGCUGGAGAUCCUGGAGAUGCUGGAGCACCCCUUCCUGCCGUCGCUCUACGCGAGCGUGGUCCCCAAGUGGCUCUGCCUCCUGACGGAGUUCUGCCCCGGCGGCGACCUCCACGUGCUCCGCCAGCGCCAGCCGCUCAAACGGUUCGAAGAAACUGCCGUCAGGUUCUACGCUUCGGAGGUGGUGGUAGCUCUAGAAUACCUUCACAUGAUGGGAAUUAUUUACCGUGACCUGAAGCCUGAAAACGUGCUUGUCCGAUCCGACGGCCACAUCAUGCUCACUGACUUUGACCUCUCCCUGAAGUGCGACAGCUCAACGUCGACGGCCCAGAUCGUCUCUGACCAGAACCCGCCGGUCUCAGCCCCUAAGACCGACAACCCGAUCAACCCCCGCCCGUUCAACUCAUCUUCGUGCAUCCUUCCCAACUGUAUAGUCCCCGCUGUGUCCUGCUUUGGGCCGAAGCGGAAACGCAAGAAGAAGCAGGGGCGCUGUGGUGGGCCAGAGUUCGUGGCCGGGCCCAUCGAUGUCCGGUCCAUGUCAUUCGUUGGGACCCACGAGUACUUGGCCCCGGAGAUCAUCUCCGGCGAGGGACACGGGAGCGCCGUUGAUUGGUGGACGCUGGGGAUAUUCAUGUUCGAAAUGUUUUAUGGGGUGACCCCCUACAGGGGGAUGGACCAUGAGCUGACCCUGGCCAACAUAGUGGCUCGAGCUCUUGAGUUCCCCAAAGAGCCUGCCGUGCCGGCUGCAGCGAGGGACCUCUUAACCCAAUUAUUGGUAAAGGACCCAGCCAGGAGGCUGGGGUCGACAAUGGGCGCGUCGGCGAUCAAGCAUCACCCAUUUUUCCAAGGAGUGAAUUGGGCAUUGUUGAGAUGUAAUCAACCGCCGUUUGUACCCCCUCCCUUUAGUAAAGACAUUGUAUCGGACGAUAGUUGUCCAGAGACUCCAGUCGAGUACUAUUAGCAAGUUAACGCAAUAAAUAGAGUACACACAUGAAAAUGGCCCAUUGCAGCUGAUGGUACGGUCAUUUCUUAA